CACAGAGAACGCUGGUUGAUUAUCAGCGCUUAUAAGCGCUGGCAAUUUACAAUGAUUUUAAAUGUCCUCGCACACAGACAAAGCAGGUCCUGGCUGAUCGGCUCGCUUUGUCAUUUACAUUUAAACUAGUUGAGAGAGAAUAGAAGCGAAAACCAGCGCUGACAAAACCAGCAUUCGCCAGCGUUCUCUGUGUUUGUACCCUAAGUUCUGUUUAUAAAUACGGGCCUUCCUUGUGACCUUCGACUGUUCGGUGGCUACAGUUACGGUCGAUGAGCACAUAGGCAGUCUUUAUUAAUAAUAAUUUGAAUUUUAAAAACCAGUAUCUCAAAAAAUAUUUUAUUAAAGUCUUAAAAAAUAAUAUUCGAUAUAAAAAUAUUAAGUGUGUGGCAAUUACAUAAAUUUUUCUAACUCGGCUAUCCGGGACUGGAAUAUUAAUUAAUAGCACAUCACCAUAAGAAAACAAAGAGGAUUUUUUGAAAGGUUGAUUUGAUUCAUAAAUAAAUAGUUAUGAUUGUAUAAAAAUACCAUGGGAUUACUUUAUUUUAACUUUAAGCACAAUGCAUUUAUUUAUAUUUUGUAUUACAUGACUAUACUUAGUGCCAACUGUAUAGAAAAUGAAGACGUUGAAUGUGGAGUUUUACGAGAAAAAUUUGCUAACGCCUCUGCUCAAUUUACACUAUGUGCUAUUGACAAAUCUAGACCAAUAACUAUAUGCGAAAAAUGUGUGAAUACCUAUGUUGAUGUUUUAGAUAGUUUUCAGAAUAUGUCUAAAGCAGUUGAUAAUGGCACUUCUUGCUUUGACAAGUUUGUAAACCAAGACAGACUGCAAAUUGUACAAAUUUUGUAUGAUAACAGCGUAGAUUUGUGGACAAGAGCAAAAUGUAAUGAAUGUUAUGAUAGUGAUAAUAUGAUACAUAAUCUGACAGUUUCAAAUAAAACUCUGCAAUUUCAAACAUAUUAUGAAGAUUUUACCAACUGCACCAGCAACUAUGUAGAUGAUUUUUGUUCUGGAUGCAUGAAAGAUUAUGUAAAACUAGACAAUUAUUACAAGACUAUUAGCAAUAUUAAUGAAAAAAUUGGUGUUUGUAUGGAUAUAGUUGAUAUUAUGAACAUAACAUGGAAUUUGUGGAGCAAUAAUUGUUGUAAAUAUCGGAGACACAAUGAAUAUAUUUUCAUUGGAUCUAGUGUUGGAGUACUAUUAUUUACGAUUUUAUUCUAUUUUAUCCUGCUGUUUUGUAAACAAAAAACUGCACCAACUAUUAUUCAACAGUCCAGAUUUUUUGAAUCCCUAAAUAUUUUCCGUGAUUAAUAUUUUAUAGUUUAAGACUGAAAUGUAUUACUUAUAAAUUUACAUAAUUUACUAUUCCAAAGUAAAAAAAAAAAUAUCAAAAAUAAUGUAUCAAUUAUAAUAUGUGAUCAGAAACAUGGACAAAGGACGAGUCAUGAUAACUACAUGCCUCAGAAUUAAUUCCAAACUAUCUUUAAAAAAUAAUUUUUUUCAUGGUUCGUCUCAGAAAUAUUUUUUUGUGGAUCACUCUAUGUUAAAAAUUAUAUUUAGAUAUACUGCGCCUUUUCUUAUUUUUAUUUUAUUGUUAAACCUCUUAUAUUUUAAUAAAAAACCAUAUUAUUUUAA